CUUCCUGCUCCAUGCUCAAGUUCCUCACAAGCCCAAGAACGAGCCCUUCGAGCUCGACGUCGACGUCCCCCGACGUCGCGGCGGUGCGCACUGGCGUUCUCCAUGUCACGACCAUGGGACUCUUUGGUGUGUGCUUCUGGAAGCCUCGCUUUGUGGUCCUGACAGCAACAAAACUCCUGUGUUAUUCGUUCGAGGGCGGCGAACUCAAGCUCGAAUUGGACAUGUCCGAGUGCACACCAAGCGACAUCAACGUUAUGCCAGCCGAUUGCACCAGAAUCCGCAGCUUUGGCGCGUCGAUUUGGCGCAUCGGCCUCAACAUUGGCGGCCAGCGGUACUUUGUCGCCACGAGUUCCGAAUACGACAUGAACUUGUGGGUCCAAGAUCUAUUUGAAACAGCGCAUCAACGACUGGACCCUGGACGCGAACUGCGACCGUCUCUGGGUGUAAACCCUCAGUACGUUGUCGGGGCACUGUCGUUUCGUGUCGACGGAGGUGCAAAGUAUCGCUCGAGCGUUCGUCGUCCGCCACCACCUCGACCCAGCCUCGUCGUCGACACGACUGUCAUGGCCUGAGUAGUUUGUAAUUACGUGUGUGUGUAUAUAUUUAUAAAGCUGCCAACACAAAUUCUACUCGAACACUGUAUUCACGUAUUAUUACAGAAUCGCAAUGUCGUGGGUGGGGGUGGUUUUGCCGAGAAUGUGGCUGAGCGACCGCAUCGAGAACUCGUCGACGUCUUCUCUUUCGACACUCCUCUGCUUCUCCUCCUCCACACGACGGCGCGAUCUGUAAGCCACGAACCCCAGCGCAGCCAAUCCCACCACAAACGCUGCGCCACACGAGAUGGCAAGGGCGUUCGAGGUUGAAUUCGACUCGGUGUUGGCUCGUACAGACACUUCAUUCAGUGCUAUCUCCUCGGUGGGGACGGGGGUUGAAGUCCGAGCAACGGGGGACGUCGACCCCGGAGCUGUGCUCUUCCCACCGGACGAUGUGGACUCUGAAAUGGGCGACUCGGCUGCAUGCUGUGCUUCGGCCGACUUGGGUGUUUCAGUUGCAUUUGCGCUUGAGACGGCAGCAAGAGUCGUGUUCGAGUCCCCCGUGGCUGUCGUAGUGGCUACGCCCUCUGUCGCGUGCUCGGUUGUCACUGGGACAGACGUGGGGGUUUGAGUUGGCGCGGUUGUAGUCACAGUCGUCGUCGUAGGGGGUGCUGAAGUCGUCGACGCAGCCGGAGCAUGCGUGGUGACAGGCACAAUCGAAGUCGUUACCGGAGGUGCCGUUGCUUCAGAUGCGGAGGAGACAGGUGGGGGCGUCGCGAGUGGCUCUGUGGGUGGUUUUGGUGUGGCGGGGGGUGCAGUAGGUGCAGGUGGUGGCGGCACAGGACGGGAACCCUUGGCAAACUGUUGCGGAAUCUGGGUGCACUUGUCAGCCUCCAACUGCACUUUGACGUCGAUCGUGUCGCCUCCGUGAGAUGUCAUGGAUACGACGGUGUUUGCCAACUCGACGCCCAGCGCUUGUGACAUAAAGUAGUACGCCGAGCUAAAGAUCGGGGCAGGGGCGCCGUUGAUGUUCAUACUCGCGACGCCGUUGACGGCAUUGCUAGCCUGAAUGUACAGCCAGUGCUUGCUGCUGCCGGACUUGGCGCACACUUGGACCCCUCCAGACACGGGACAAUCGACAAAGUCCCAAUGAAUCGUGAGCCUAUCCGUGUUGUAGCCAGUGAUCUUGUGGAACAUGGGCAACGACAUGUCCAAAUCGCCGUGAGCACACUCAGGACAUCGGUCUGUGACCUGUCCGAGGACAGAUUCACGCGAUGUGCACCGAGGGUCAGUACACGUCACAAGCACACAGCGACCGCAGUGAACUCCAGACGACCAUUGCUUGUCGUUCAGCGCGGCGUGAAAACGAGGUGCGAAGUCCAGCCACGUCAUGAGGGCGCAGUUACCGCCUUGCGGAGACUCGCCAUCGGGCGGUCCAUACGUCGUGGCGACGCCAUUGAAUUGCGCAUGUGUCGUGCCGGCCAACGCCAGACCUCCCAGGACCCACGACAAAAUAGAGGAGGUGAUGGGCAUUUUGAAAUCUGCGACGACCAGGCUACUUACUGGCUUGUGGCUGGAGCCACCAUGUCAACGCUUGACG